UCCAGCGGCCGCUUGUUGCAGGAAGUGUCCGGGCACAUAGAGCUGAGCAGCCGCUAUGGGAGGCGGAAGUGCCGCCUGAGCUGAGAGCUGCCGCUGUAUUGUCAUGGGUCUGUGGUGUCUGUGAGCAGUGCACGACUCGCACGCACUGAGAUGAGACCGAGAUGGCAGCCGUCAGGAGUUACAGCCGGGCUGGGCGUAGGGAGGAGGAGAAUGGGGAUCUGGACCGGUCCCUCCAGCAAAUGAUCUCGGCUAUUGUGGAUGAGAGGAACCGCAUCAAUAUCCGUCAGGAGAUCAGCGGGCUGGGUUGUUUUAAAGAUGACCGAAUUGUAUUUUGGACCUGGAUGUAUUCUACAUAUUUUAUGGAAAAAUGGGCUCCUCGUCAGGACGACAUGCUGUUUUAUGUCCGGCGGAAGCUGGCUUACGUGGGCACAGAUGGCAAUGAAGGAAAAAAGCAGGUAGAAGUUGAAGUCUAUCGUAAAGAUUCCAAGAAGCUACCAGGCCUUGGUGACCCUGACAUUGACUGGGAGGAAAGUGUGUACUUGAAUCUCAUUUUACAGAAGCUGGAUUACAUGGUCACAUGUGCUGUUUGCACACGGUCAGAUGCUGGGGACAUACACAUACAUAAAAAGAAGUCCCAGCAAGUGUUCGCUUCUCCAAGCAAGCACCCGAUGGACAGCAAGGGGGAAGAAUCUAAGAUCAGCUACCCCAAUAUCUUCUUCAUGAUUGACAACUUUGAAGAGGUGUUUAGCGACAUGACUGUAGGUGAAGGAGAAAUGGUUUGUGUUGAACUUGUAGCCACUGACAAAACAAAUAUGUUUCAAGGAGUAAUCUUCCAGGGCUCAAUCCGCUAUGAAGCACUCAAAAAAGUGUAUGACAAUAGGGUCAGUGUGGCGGCAAAGAUGGCUCAGAAGAUGUCGUUUGGGUUAUACAAGUAUAACAACAUGGAGUUUGUCCGUAUGAAGGGUCCUCAAGGGAAAGGCCAUGCAGAAAUGGCAGUGAGUCGGGUCUCAACCGGUGAUACCUCUCCCUACGGUACAGAUGUCGACUCCAACCCUGGGUCACCCAUGCAUGAAAGAGUUACAUCCUUCAGCACUCCUCCAACUCCGGAACGUAACAACCGGCCAUCUUUCUUUUCCCCGUCCCUGAAAAGGAAAGUACCUCGGAAUCGAAUAGCUGAAAUGAAGAAGUCCCAUUCGGCUAAUGACAGCGAGGAGUUCUUCAGAGACAGUGAUGAAGGUGGAGAUAUGCAUAAUUCGACAAACAUGAGAUCGCGCUCCCUAUCGGGAACGGGGAGGUCUCUGGUUGGUUCAUGGCUAAAGCUGAACAGAACGGAUGAGAACUUUUUACUCUAUGCACAUCUCACCUACGUCACUUUGCCCCUGCAGCGCAUAUUGUCAGAUAUUUUGGAGGUGCGACAGAAGCCGAUCCUGAUGUCAUAGCAGAGUAAGCUGGCACUGCCUUGUGAAGCUGGAUCUUCAUUGCCAAAGUGCCUAUUAGACCUGCAGUGGCUUCAUGGGACAACACUACCACCUAGUGUCGAGGAGCAUAAAUGCACAGAACAAAUAGUCGAAAGACAGAUCGCCUCUGGGGCUGCAGAUUCCUGCGAUGCAACGCAUUGAAGGCCACUGUGGCAGCAAAGGGGUUAAAAAUAAUACCAGCCAAUCAAAAAGUGCCUCUUUUUACCCUUCUUGUGGCGUAUGCUUCUUUACAUCUCCGUAUAGUGUUUUGGAAGGGGACUUUCUAACAAAGGGGCUGUAUUCGUAAAAAACACACGCUUUACAAACAAUUUCUUUACCUAAUUACAAGCUCAAUUGGAACAAAGUCAGCAGCGGAUGUUUCUAUGCUUUUGUAAAGCGUUUUCAUUUCAGAGCAUACGAAUUUCAUAAUGUCAUACUGUCUGUUGUUGUCCCAAUUGCUUCUGACGCCCAGAGGCUUUGACAUGUGCAUCAUUUUUGCAGUGGUAAAAGGACCAACCUGCAGCGCUGGGUAGCCUUUGGCUAUUCUCAGAUAUGGAGGGGGCAGAUGUAUACUUUUUGUUUUUUUUGUUUCUUGAUUUUCUGCAAAUGCCAAAACUUAAACACUGCUUAAACUGUACAUCGCUUCAAAUCAGAACAGAAAUGUUUCCGUCUAUAACAUUAUUCUUACUAAUUAUUGGAGAACAUAUUUCUCUACACAGCUUUAUAUGGACGGUGUUUCAUGCAUUUUGUUUUAACGUGGGGAAAAAAUGCUAAAAGCAUCCUGCAGAUAUUUUUUUUUUAAAAUCUGUAAUUAAGAUAUUUUGUUUAAACUUUAAGGGAUGUUGAAGUCCCCAGAUUUUCUAUCAUGCAUUUAAAUUGGUUAUUUAGGCAGUAUACACUUUUUUUUGUGCUUUUUUUAAGGAAUAAUCUAAAACUUGUAAAAAUAACAAAUUUCUUAUGAUUGUUGUGAGUUUAAUGGCAAUUCCAAGUCCUGAAAAACUAUAGUGUUUAAAAAAAAUGCUUUCAAAUAUAUAUGACCAAUGAAAACAAAUAUGAACACGGUUUCUCUUAAAAAAUAAGUUUAUACACACUUGCUGGCUUAUAAUGCUGGUCUAUUUCAUCUCCCCCACUUUCCUGUACUUUCAUUCUGAAAAUUGUGGGGUUUCCAGUUUUGAGAAUUGUAAGUGUCAGCUUAAACAAGCCACAAAUCAGUUCCUAAUCGGCCUGAUAAGGCCAGAUAGGGAAUUUGGCCAUUGAAAAAACAAUUGCAGCAUGCUUGGUGUUAAUGUAUUCAUAAUAUUUUUUACAUCCAGCUGCUAUGUUAAUUUAUUGCAGCACUACACAAAAGUCCUUGUUGUUACAAAGUUCUUUAAAUCCCUUUUUUUAUCACAUCAAAUGUGUAUGCUUUUAAUAAGCCGUCAAUAGGGAUCAGAACAUGUGACUUAAAAAUACUUUCCCACUCACCUCCUCGGUUGGCGCCUUGACCUCCCGUCAAUCACUGCUGCAUAAGUGCAUGCUCAGUGAGUGCCAGUGAUGUCAUUUCCCUUUAUAAUAUAGUUUUCAGAGUUUAAAAGCUCUAUAUUUUUCUUCUGCCUGUUUUUUGAAGACAGAAUGGGAUUCUACCCAGUUCAAUUAUUUGCUUGAGAAAAUCAGAUUGUUCUGUCUGUCCGAGUUGUGAGGUUUCUGUGCGUGUGUCUGUCUUAUAUAUUUAUUCAAAACUAAUUACGAAAACCAAACUUGCAUUUGUACUGUUUUCUGAUCACCCAUUUAACUAUUUUAUAGUUGCGAACGUGUAGAUAAAACAGUAAGAACGUAUGUAAUCGAAUUUCAAGUGUGUCUAAAAAUUGUAUUCACUUUCAAAACUGUGAUUGAUGAUUUUACUUUUUGCUUUUAUUUGGUGAGUAUACAUUUUAUUAACACUAAUUUAACUGAUAAUUAAAUUAGAACACAGAAAA